AAAAUAUGAACUUAAUUACACAAAAGAUCCAAUUCGAUGAGAACUUAUCGGAGGAUUUUCUUAGUGAAGAAGUUUCCUCCUGCAAGAUAAGAACUUCAGAAAAGAUACUUGCUAAUAUGAGCAGAAAAUCGCUUAGCCAUAAAAAGUAUAUGAAUCAACUUGACUUCAGCUUUUGAGCCAUUCAGGAUAAAUCAACAACGACUGGAGCCCAAAGUGAAGCAUCACCAUUAAAUAGAUUAAUAGAAAUCAAAGAAUCCUCUAAGAAAGCCAGGAAGAUGUCUUCUUUCAAUAAAGCAUGUGAAAGCCCUGAUAAGAGUGACAAGAGUCAGCACUCAUCAUCUUUGAAAUCAGAGAUUAGUAUCCUUCUUAAAGUAGUAGGAAGUAUCCGCAAGAGAGAUAUGAUGCAGAAUAAAGAAAGCAAGUUUAAGCCAAAGACUUCUCCAAUGAUUGCACAAGAAAUCACUAUGAGAGGAAUAGCUCCUGCAAAAGAAUACUAGGAGC